AUGGAUACAGGUCUGGAGCACGCGUGUCAGCUGUUGAUAGCAGCAGCAAAGAGUAAAAGCUUUGUUCCCUGUAGAAUCAUUUUUGCUUUAGUUGAGGCCUCCUCACCAGCCGAAAAGCUUGAAAAACUAAACGGCGUGUUGGCAUUAUGCUCCUUGCGGGCAAUCAGAGUGAAGCACAGGGGUGUUUACUCGUUGGUUGUCACGGAUGCCACGGAGAAUCCUAAAGAGUACUAUCAGUGGCUUAGAGGUGCCCUUACGCCUACGAAUCUUGCUAGUCUUAAUGAGGAACGGGGAGCAUACAUCCUUGUUCGCAUUAUUCUCCAUCUAUCUCAACAGGAAUGUGAAAGGGAACAUUUGCUAGAUACCCUGUCGUGCACAGCAAAGCCUCCCGCCUGGCAGCAGGAACAAUCUAGUGAGCUGACGUCUGACGACCGCAAAGGCUGGGAGGAGACACUCGAAAGGUUCAUCGCCAAAGCGUGGCUUUUACGGAAUGGAACACGGCUUAGCUCUGCUAGUGAGAUGGCCCAAGCUUUGAUUUGUGAAAAAGAGCUAAGCAAGUUCCUCAUCGACCUAAAGAAUAAAGAAGAGUAA